CCGCCACCGUGCGCCGUGAGCCCGCGGCGCCCGCCCCGGCCCCACCGGAGCGCCGGGCACCGGGCCGGCAGCAGCGCAUGCGGUGCGGGGCUAGCGCCGCUCCGCUCCGCGCCCGCCGCCCGCCGCCGUCAUGGCGACUCCCAAUAAUGUCACUGCCACCAACUGCAGCUGGUGGCCCAUCUCGGCGCUGGAGAACAGCGCGGGGAAAUCCACGGAGGGCGAGGAAAAUCACGGCCCGGCAGACCCCGCUCUCAAAUCGCAGGACAGAUUGGUUUUGUACCACUGGACCCAGUCUUUCAGCUCGCAAAAGGUGCGCCUGGUGAUCGCAGAGAAGGGGCUGCCCUGCGAGGAGCGCGACGUCAGCAUGCCCCUGAUGGAGCACAAGGAGCCCUGGUUCAUGCGGCUCAACCUGGGCGAGGAGGUGCCCGUCAUCAUCCACAGGGACAACAUCAUCAGCGACUACAACCAGAUCAUCGACUACAUGGAGAAGAACUUCACGGGAGAGAAUGUGCCACAGCUGAUCCCCGAGCCGGGCAGCCUGCUGCAUGCACGGGUGCUGCAGUACCGGGAGCUGCUGGACUCGCUGCCCAUGGACGCCUACACGCACGGCUGCAUCCUGCACCCCGAGCUCACCACCGACUCCAUGAUCCCAAAGUACGCCACCACUGAGAUCCGCAGACAUUUAGCUAAUGCCACCACGGAUCUGAUGAAGCUGGACCAUGAAGAGGAGCCACAGCUAUCUGAGCCUUACCUCUCCAAGCAGAAGAAGCUCAUGGCCAAGAUCCUGGAGCACGACAAUGUGAACUACUUGAAGAAGAUCCUUGGAGAACUUGGGAUGGUGCUAGACCAGAUUGAGGCUGAGCUGGAGAAAAGGAAAUUGGAGUACCAAGGGCAGAAGUGUGAACUUUGGCUCUGCGGAUGCGUCUUUACUUUGGCUGAUAUCUUGUUAGGAGCCACCCUGCACCGCCUCAAGUUUCUGGGACUCUCUAAGAAAUACUGGGAAGAUGGCAGCAGACCUAACCUACAGUCCUUCUUUGACAGGAUACAGAAACGCUUCGCCUUCAGGAAAGUUUUGGGAGACAUCCACACCACGCUCCUCUCUGCAGUGGUACCCAAUGCCUUCAGGCUGGUCAAGAGGAAACCUCCCUCCUUCCUUGGAGCCUCCUUCCUGAUGGGAUCUCUGGGGGGAAUGGGAUAUUUUGCUUAUUGGUACUUAAAGAAAAAAUACAUCUAGUGCUGACUGCUUGGUGUUUAGUUUGGUGUCUCUGUGCUGUGUGAAAUUAUGAUGAAGCCUCAGUAACUGUAAUGAAAUUUGAAGCAAGGUAAUGAAUAAUUAUAUUGUUUAAUGUAACAUUCCAUAGUCUAGAAGUAGAAACCUAUACUGCAAGGAAAUAAGACAACAACAA